GGUAAUGGUUUUCCUGUCAGUGAUGGUUUAGAAGGCAGUUUGAGCUGGAGGAGGCAACCAGUUGCGCACCCGCUGCGCCUGCCACGGCAAAUCCACUACACGUUGGUGCAGUGAUUUGUUUUUUUUGUGCUUUUCAGUGACGCCCAAAUAUACUAGCUUCGCAUCAAAGAUAUGUAUUUUAUAUCUAAAUAAAGCAGAUAACAAUUGAUAGCUUGCCACCAAGAGGACGGCACCUUCAAUUUCCAUUCCAGUUUCGUAAAAUCGCAUCCUUUGGUGAGGAGUAUGGUGGAGCUCGAAAAAGAGGUUCUGCCGCUACCUCCACGGUACCGGUUCCGAGACCUGUUGCUGGGAGACUGGCAAGCGGACGACAGAGUCCAAGUAGAGUUCUAUGUGAACGAGAACACUUUCAAGGAGCGUCUCAAGCUGUUCUUCAUCAAAAACCAAAGAUCCAGUGAGUUUAUGUUUGUGUCUGUGUCUGUGUGUGGUAUUUGUGAGUGUUGUGGCUGUCUAACUGGCUUUCUCAAACAGAAUGCCUCAUCACACAACCGGAGCCAGUUUGACUGGUCUCUCAUCAUCUGGGUGAACAGACCACUGCCCCUCUGGGCUCUACAGGUGCUGGUGGCCUUCAUCAGUUUCUCAGAGACUAUGUUGCUGGUGUAUCUCAGCUACAAGGGCAACCUUUGGGAACAAGUGUUACGCAUUCCUUUCAUUCUGGAAAUGAUAAGCGCCGUCCCCUUUGUAAUCACUGUGAUUUUGCCCUCCCUCAGAAACCUGUUCAUCCCGGUGUUUCUGAACUGCUGGCUGGCCAAGCACGCCCUGGAGAACAUGAUUAACGACCUGCACCGAGCCAUCCAGCGCACACACUCGGCCAUGUUCAACCAGGUCCUCAUCCUCAUCUCCACGCUGGUGUGCCUCAUGUUUACCUGUAUCUGUGGUAUCCAGCACCUGGAGCGUGCGGGGAACAACCUGACGCUCUUCGACUCGCUCUACUUCUGUGUGGUCACCUUCUCCACCGUUGGCUUUGGCGAUGUUACACCACAGAUCUGGCCCUCCCAGCUGCUGGUGGUCAUCAUGAUCUGUGUGGCCCUCAUCGUCCUGCCCAUACAGUUUGAGCAGUUGGCCUUCCUGUGGAUGGAGCGGCAGAAGUCGGGGGGGAACUACAGCCGCUACCGUGCGCAGACGGAGAAGCAUGUGGUGCUCUGUGUCAGCUGUCUGAAGAUAGACCUCCUCAUGGACUUCCUCAACGAGUUCUUCGCCCACCCCAGACUUCAGGACUACUACGUGGUGAUCCUGUGUCCGGCUGAGAUGGACGUGCAGGUGCGGCGGGUGCUACACAUUCCCCUGUGGGCCCAGCGGGUCAUCUACCUCCAGGGCUCCGCGCUCAAAGACCAGGACUUGAUGAGGGCCAAGAUGGACGACGCGGAGGCCUGUUUCAUUCUCAGCAACCGAUUUGAAGUGGAUCGCUUCGCUGCCGACCAUCAGACCAUUCUCAGGGCCUGGGCGGUGAAGGACUUUGCCCCAAACUGCCCUCUGUACGUGCAGAUCCUCAAGCCAGAGAACAAGUUCCAUGUGAAGUUUGCAGACCAUGUGGUGUGUGAAGAGGAGUUUAAGUAUGCCAUGCUGGCUCUCAACUGCGUCUGUCCAGCCACCUCCACCCUGAUCACCUUACUGAUUCACUCAUCAAGAGGACAGGCAGCACCUUCAGAGGCCUUCAGACAGCGCACCGGAGCCUUCCAGCCCCUCUCCAGGGAGGGCGGGGCCAGCUCAGUGGACCAAUGGCAGCGGACAUACCGGCGGUGCUCAGCCAAUGAGGUGCAUCACAUUCAACUGGAGGAGAGCAAGUUUUUUGGGGAGUACCAGGGGAAGAGCUUCACCUUUGCCUCAUUUCAUGCACACAAGAAGUAUGGCGUGUGUCUGAUCGGGGUGCGUCGGCUGGACACGUCUAACAUCUUGCUGAACCCGGGGCCCUGUCACAUCAUGUCCGCCUCAGACACCUGCUUCUACAUCAACAUCUCCAAAGAGGAGAACUCGGCCUUCGUCAGGGACCAUCGGGAGCCCAUGAGGGGGCCGGGCAUUGACCCCAGAGGCGUCCCACAGACCAUUUACCACGGCCUCACGCGCCUGCCCGUCCACAGUAUCAUCGCCAGCAUGGGUACGGUGGCUAUCGACCUGCACGACUCCAGCGACAGCAGCCCAGAGGGCCAGGGCACAGGGGGCAUGGUGCUGGGUGGCGGGCCGGGCGUACGGACCGGGGGCAGGUCGGAGGUGGUGGGUGCCAACACCCUGGCGCUGCCCGCCAUGGGGGAGUCGGCGGAGGAGCGAAGGCACAGCAUCGCACCCGUGCUUGAGCUGGUGGACGGCGUGGGCAGUGCCACCUUUGACCUGCUGGGGGACCAGUCGGAGGAUGAGGGCGGAGAGGAGGGGAAGGAGGAGGGCGACCGCGACCAGAAGGUGCCAUGGUGGGGUGGACACUGCGAGUGGGUGAAGGGGUACCCACUGAACUCCCCCUACAUUGGCAGCUCGCCCGCGCUGUGCCACCUGCUGCAGGAGAAGAUGCCCUUCUGCUGCCUCCGUCUGGACAAGUCCUGCCCUCACAUCCCGUUUGAGGACGCCCGUUCCUAUGGGUUCAAGAACAAGCUGAUCAUCGUGUCGGCCGAGAGUGCGGGCAACGGGCUCUACAACUUCAUCGUCCCUCUGCGGGCCUACUACCGGCCCAGGAAGGAGCUGAAUCCCAUUGUGCUUCUGCUCGAGAGCAUACCGGAGGCAGACUUUUUAGAAGCUAUAUGCUGGUUCCCUAUGGUGUUCUAUACUGUGGGCUCUAUAGAUAACUUAGACAGCCUGCUGCGUUGUGGAGUCACGUUUGCAGACACUAUGGUGGUGGUAGAUAAGGAGAGCUCGAUGAUAGCAGAGGAGGAUUACAUGGCAGACGCUAAGACCAUUGUCAAUGUUCAGACACUCUUCAGGCUGUUUCCAGCUCUCAGCAUCAUAACAGAGCUCACCCACCCCGCCAACAUGCGCUUCAUGCAGUUCAAAGUCAAAGACCACUAUUCACUGGCCCUCUCCAAACUGGAGAAGAAGGAGAGGGAGAAAGGCUCCAACCUGGUGUUCAUGUUCCGACUGCCGUUCGCUGCGGGGAAAGUCUUUAGCGUAAGCAUGCUGGACACCUUACUCUAUCAGUCCUUUGUGAAAGACUACAUGAUCUCCAUCGCCAGACUGCUGCUUGGCCUUGACUCCAUGCCCGGGUCUGGCUUUUUAUGUGUUAUGAAGAUCACGGAGGAGGACCUGUGGAUCCGCACAUACGGGCGCCUCUACCAGAAGCUCUGCUCGUCCACAGGAGAUAUCCCCAUCGGCAUCUACCGCACAGAAGCUCAGAAACUACCUGUCUCCGAGUCGCAGGUGUCCAUCACGGUGGAGGACUACGAGGACACGCGGGAGCCCCGAGAGCCGCUGCUGUGCCGCACGGGCCCGCACCGCAACUCCACCUCCUCCGAGCCGCCGUCCUCCUCGCACUCGCACAUGUCCGAGCACCCGCUCCUGCGGCGCAAGAGCAUGCAGUGGGCGCGGCGGCUCAGCCGCAAGGGCGGGCGCGGCUUGGGCAGCGGCUCCAAGGGUCCGGGCAGCACGGCCGAGCGCAUCAGCCAGCAGCGGCUCACGCUUUUCCGCCGCUCCGAGCGCCAGGAGCUCAAUGCACUGGUGCGCACCCGUAUGAAGCACCUGGGCCUCUCGCCGUCCGGAUUCAACGGGAUGACUGACCAAUGCAACAGGCUCUCCUACAUCCUCAUCAACCCCUCGCCUGACACUAGACUGGAGCUGCAUGACGUUGUGUACCUGAUCCGGCCCGACCCGCUCUCCGCCGUCCCCAACCAGGGGAGCGGCCGCAAGCCUAGCGCCGGCAGGACCGAGGGACACCGCUUUGAGUCGCAGGACAGCACACACCUGUGAACGAGGACGGACAGGGCGCAACAGCACGUCAAGCAGCCAGGGCGAAUGAAAGAGAGACUGGGGGAGAGAGGGAGAGAGAGCAAGAGAGAGAGAAAGAGAAAGCGAGAGAAACAGAACAUGAAUGACAAGAAGGCCCACGUUUCUUCUAUUUUCCCCCCGUUUGUCAACCGAAAUGCAUGGACUUCUUUUUGGAAGCUUAUUUUUUCCCCCUCUCUCUGUUAAAAUCCAUCAUUGUAUUUCCCAAGACCAGGGGUCCUGGAGACACAUAAGUGCAUUUAAAAAGAAGUGGGAAGCAAACAAACAAACCAACAAACAUUCGUAUCAGUGUUUUUUGUGCAUGUGAGUGUUCACCCCAGAGCCAGCAUUGCCUGUCUGACUUGCACUGCCAAAGGAACACGCUGCCAAAAUGUUUUUAUCGUGUGAGAGGAAGCGUCCCACCCCAAACCUCCCGAGUGUUUUCUCUGUGUUUGUUUUUUUUGUGCGGUCUGUCUCUGCAAACCCGGAGAGACGAUCGACGGCCAGUAGUGUUCUUCUCCUGUCGCUUGAGCCUGUACACUCUUUCAAUGUGCUGUCUGUGUUUUUGAAUACGUCCUGGAGGGUGUUUGCUUGGCGAAGCUUACAAACCACAGGCAUCUCGUGCUUACCACCAGCGAGAGAGAAUCACAGGAACACGUCUGCUAGAUUAAUUGUCCAUGGGGGAAUGGAAGUAAUUGUCUGCCUUCCACCGUUUUAGCAUCUCAUCUAUCUAUUGCUGUCAAAGAAGAGUCUUGGAUCAUGUUUAUUUAAUUGCUUUGUUGUUUAUGCCUCCCUUCAAAGCCAACCUUCAAUCAGGUUUUGAUGUUUAUGUGGUUAAAUGUGCCCAGAGGAAAAAAACAAGACUCUUUUUAUGAAAACAGGCUAUUUUAACUGCAGUAUCAGUGAAUGUCUCUUUUUAUUGGUUUUGUUUGUUUAUUUGUGUAUUGUUUACAGAAGUGGGGACGCUUACAUUGUGGCCAAGGUCGUUCCAUUCCACUGUUGUCUUCUCUGUCCAACUCAGUCUUGAUUGAGCCCUCUCUUCAAAUCGUAGAUGUUGGCCUGCAUGUUUGAGGCUUGUGCGCAUGCGUGCUGCCGCCCCCGGCCUUGCAGGAGCUGUGAGUCAGUGAGCUGUACACCGUGUGUAUGGAGUCAAAAUAUAGGGUCUUUAAUAUUGAGAGCUUGUGAAAAGAUGUUCACAUGUGUAAUAAAGUUUUGCAGCUUUGCAAAAGGAGUUCUGCAUGUGCAAAGAAAUUUCGUACCUGUAGAAAUAUUUUGUACAUGUGUGAAAAUAUUUCUACAGGUACAUAUUUUUUAUGUACUUUUGUGAAAGAAAUGUGUAUCUGUAGAAAUGUUUUGUACAUAUGUGGGGGGGAAAUGCGGAUCUGUAAAAAUAUUUGCGUCGCGUAGGAGAUUCACACACAUACAAAGUAUUUGUGCAGGUAGAUAUUUUUUCCACACGUGUACAAAAUAUUUUUUUUACAGAUCCGCAUUUCCCCCCCACAUAUGUACAAAA